CCUCCUCGCCUGACGACUGCUGUUCAUGCUAAAAUCCCCCCACAAAACAUUUUCCUCCACCGUCUGGUGUACUUCACACGCCUUUCUUAGCGGCCGAGCUCCACCGCCUCCUUCCCAUUUCCCAUAAAUAGCUCUCUCCGGGCAGAAAACACAAUGGAUUUUUUGUUAAAGCCACUGAACGAGAAGAGAUCUGAUUGCCCCUUGAGUGAACAGGAUAUUCAUAAAUGUCCCUUCUUGAUGAACAUCAACAAACCAACCAACUUUUCAUUUGUAUUUCCUGAUUUUUCUCAUCCUUUAAGCAGAAACAAAGGUCCCAUAUUUGAAGAUUGCCUCAACUUUGAUUUGGCCUUUAGACUUUUCCAUGGGACAGAUGGGGUUGUCCCACUCUCUGGAAAAUCUCAGCUUUGUGUAGACUACUUCAACGCUGGGGCUGCACCUCCAUUCAAUGCUUUAGCAGCCUCUAUCAGUUCAUCAGCAUUUGGAUCAGGAGGGCCCUUUGGUUUUCAUUCUUUCUUUAAGAAGAUGAAAAAAGGGAAAUCCGAGUCAUCCAGAAAGAAAGAGCAUCCUAAGAGCGAUUCGUCGAAGCAUGAGGCUCUUGGAAAUGAGUGGUUGGAGACGGGGAACUGUCCAAUUGCCAAGUCCUAUAGAACUGUAAGCCAUGUUCACCCACUUGUGGCCUCAGCUCUUCAGCUGCCACCAGCAAUGAAGAUCAAAUGCCCACCAGCAGUAGUUGCGGCACGGGCAGCCCUCACCCGAACUGCAGUUGUUAAGACCCUCAGGCCACAACCAUUACCCAAAAAGAUGCUUGUGAUUGGUUUCUUGGGAAUUGCAACUAAUAUUCCGUUGGGUGUUUGGAGAGAGCAUACAAAGAAGUUCUCCCUGCCAUGGUUUGUUGCAGUGCAUGCUGCAGUCCCCUUCAUAGCUAUGCUCAGGAAAUCUGUUGUAAUGCCCAAAACCGCUAUGGCAUUAACCAUUGCAGGUUCAAUAAUAGGACAGAUCAUUGGUUCAAGCGCUGAGCGACUUCGACUGAAAGCCAAUGCCAAGAGCGAAAAGCUUGUUGUGCCUGCAGAACCUACUGCUGCUAUUUCGGUUAAUAAUGCUGUGCAGGUUGAUGGCUUACCUGUUGGUCAGCAUGGUAACCUGGGAAUCCCGUUGGACCCCACUGCAGACAAGGCAGAAAAGCCACCUUCUCCACCUCUGAGUAUAUGUUUAUGAAGUAGCUGAUGAGAAUAAGUUAUAACAACCAUAUUGCAGGAAAAUGCUAAAUAAAGUCUAAGUUAUUCGUAGGACCACAAAUGUAUGUGAAAAUAUGUAAAAUGAUGUAUGGAGACAGUUGACAAAUUAUGUUUCCAAAUGAAUCUUAAUAUUCCUGCUUAAACUGUGAAAAGCUUGUUUGCUUAACUAGUCAACUACAUAAAUCUUUCAUGGCUGAAAGCCACUAUGUCGUUGACAAUUACAGCAGAUCGUGUUUACUUUGA